AGAGACUGUGGGAGCCCGCAACCUCCCCCACCCUGAGUCGCUGCCAGCACCAAAGAUGGCGGCUGAAGGCUCGCUCAGAGUCAGGCGGCGCCGCCGAGGAGGCAGCUUCCGCCCGGCUUCAGUCACGUGGCCUCCGCCCGGCCCUGGGCCCCCUCUGGCUGCAGAGCCCUGGCCGGGACGUGGGUCCACUUCGCGGUGGCUACGGGCGGGCUGACGCUGGGCGCGAUGCGGGCCCCGGCGGGCCGCGAGGCGGAGCCCGAAGACGGGGCGGACCGCACCCCGCUGCUGGGCGAGUCCCAGCCCGGCACAGUGCCUACAUGCUGCUCUGCUCGCUACAAUUUAGCAUUACUGGCCUUUUUUGGAUUCUUCCUGUUGUAUGCAUUACGUGUGAAUCUAAGCGUUGCUCUUGUAGACAUGGUAGAACCUAAUACAAGUUUAGCAAACAAUACAACUUCCAAAGUGUGUCCAGAACAUUCUUCUGCCCUAAACAUACCUCGGAAUACAACGGGGAAAAAGUAUUCUUGGGAUGCGGAUACUCAAGGAUGGAUUCUUGGUUCCUUUUUCUACGGCUACAUCAUUACUCAGAUUCCUGGUGGAUAUUUUGCACGUAAAAUAGGAGGGAAGCUGUUGCUGGGGUUUGGCAUCCUGGGUACCGCUGUCUUCACUCUGUUCACUCCCUUGGCGGCAGACUUGGGGGUUGGAUAUCUCAUAGCAGUCAGAGCCUUGGAGGGGCUCGGAGAGGGUGUCACCUUUCCUGCUAUGCAUGCCAUGUGGUCGUCUUGGGCUCCACCACUGGAACGCAGCAAGCUCCUUAGCAUUUCGUAUGCAGGUGCACAGUUAGGAACAGUUGUGUCUCUUCCAUUGUCUGGCUUAAUUUGCUACUACAUGAACUGGAUUUAUGUAUUCUACAUAUUUGGUGCACUUGGAGUAUUCUGGUUCCUCUUCUGGAUCGGGUUGGCGAAUGAUACUCCAGAAACUCACAGAAGAAUCUCUCCCACUGAAAGGGAAUAUAUUCUUUCUUCCCUCAAAGAUCAGCUUUCUACUCAGAAGUCUGUACCAUGGGAACCCAUGCUGAAAUCCCUUCCACUCUGGGCUAUUGUUGUGGCACACUUUUCUUAUAACUGGACUUUCUACACUCUUCUCACACUAUUGCCUACAUAUAUGAAGGAGAUUUUGCGGUUUGAUGCACAAGAGAAUGGAUUGUUAUCUGCACUGCCUUAUUUUGGAUGUUGGCUGUGUAUAAUCAUGUCUGGUCAAAUUGCUGAUUACUUAAGGGAAAAACAGAACUUGUCCACUGUGUGUGUGCGCAAAACAUUUACCCUAAUAGGAAUGAUUGGACCUGCAGUAUUUUUAGUAGCAGCUGGAUUCAUAGGCUGUGACUACACAUUGGCUGUUGCAUUCCUAACCAUAUCAACAACACUAGGAGGCUUUUGUACAUCUGGUUUUGGCAUCAACCACCUUGACAUAGCACCGUCGUAUGCUGGGAUCCUGCUCGGAAUCACAAAUUCAUUUGCAACUAUCCCAGGAAUGGUGGGGCCAGUCAUUGCAAAAAGCCUGACUCAUCAUAAUACUGUGGGAGAAUGGCAGACUGUUUUCUAUAUUGCUGCUUCUAUUAACUUAUUUGGAGCAAUUUUCUUUGCAUUAUUUGGCAGUGGAGAAGUGCAGGACUGGGCACUCAGUGGCUGCCACUUGCAUAGAAACUGAAGGAGUUAUUGAGAUAUCAAGGCUAUACUGAAUCACUGUACUAAAGUCAUGUGACCUGAAAAGUGCCUUUCAUAUUGAUGCCCUGAAAGCUACAAAAGCUUUUCAGUUUAACCAUUUUAUCUGUGUACUGUUUGUACUGGAAGUCACUUGACAAUGCAUGUAUGUUAUUUCUGUAACAAGAAACUACUUAGCUCUAGUAGAAUAGCCUUGUGCUAAGACUUUAUCAGAUACUUGAUCUAAAACCUAGAAUUUUAAAUCAAUGUGCUGGGCACCAUUUUCUGCCACCUCUUAAUAUUUUCUGAAUUAAAACGGGUAGGAAGAUGUCUUCUAUCGUUGACAGGGCACAGGAGAAAGAAGGGAUUGUGUGUGGUGUUGGGAGGAGGAGGAAUGGUAUGUAAUAAGGAACCUUUUUUUAAUUUUUAUGAUGAAGUUGACAUGCUUCUACAAUUUUAAUAUCCAGGAACUUCCUGGUUUUCUAGAGGUUUUUAUUAUAUUUUAAUUUUUCAUUUUACCAAUAUUUUAAUUGGUGUUAUAGGGCUCUGUUCUACUACAUACAUUUGCAAUAUGUAAAUGUUCCAUGUUCAAGAACAUGGCUUCACAAUUAAUACAGAGUAAUUAGAGAGCAAAUUUACAACAAGCAGCUUACAUAUGAGAUAAACAGACAGAAGGAGUCCUUCUGCUCCCUCCUCAGUGGGGUAAGAUAUUGACAUACCAUACAUUCAGUGUCCUAUGCUUCAACAAAGGAGUUCGUUGCUAUGGUUUGAAUUCUAAGCAAUGUGAAGAUUGUACUAGAAACGGAAUGGCUGGGUGUGUGUAUUAAAAUGAUUUUCAAUCUGUCAACCUUUUUUUUUCUUCAUGACAAUAAGCAUUCAAAGCAAAGGAACUCUCAAAUUCUUCUGCUAAUGUUGUAAAUUUGCCAGUAGAAAUGUACUAAAAUGAGGACAGUGCAGAGAAUAAGGAUAAUACUUUUUAGUUCUCCUACAGUUACUCUAGCCCUGUUCACAGGUUAAAAAUUGGUGAUAUUGGGGAAAGAACCAGUGCAACUUCAUUUUUGGAAGUUGCCCCAGGCGCUUGCUGUUCUGAACCUGAGAGAAUUGUGAUGUUAGUACAGAAUUCACACUUGGAGCAUUCUUUUACUAUAAAUGUACACUUGGAUGCUACACACCUGAUUAAACCCACUUAUGAGUGAAAAUUAUAGUCUAGAAGGAAUUGGUGAUUGGAAAUCAGAGGGACCCCACUUAGAGUAUUCACCAUGUAGAACAGGUAAAUCUCUUUUCCAAAGAUUCCUGGAUUGGAGCAUGUUGGCGAAGGACACUUUGCUUUAUUUUUUCCACCUAUCACCAAUACAAAAAGAGAAGCCUGGCACACCUGCCUACUGGUGCUCCAGGGGAGUCUGGCUGACUUCAUUUCUAGGAAAUGGCUACUGCCUCUCUUUACCAACUUUAAGAACCUUUGUGUUUUCCCCUGCGUUGAAGUGUCAUGUUGUCUUACUAUAGAAGUAUGUUAAAGCUGUGCUGUAUCAUCAAUUUGUUUCUACAAUAAAUGGUGCCAGAUUCAUAUGGAA